AUGUACCUAGCUUUCUGUGUCUGGGAGGAGAAUCUGCCGGUGAAUGAAAAUGCGGAACUGGCCGAGAAACGACUGCUUCAGGAGUACAAGAAAAAACUGGUCUUAGAUGGCGAUGUCGUUCCAGAUCCUUUCUCAAUUUCAUCAGGUUGGAAAGGUGAAAAGGCAGCUGUUAACACAUGGCCAUCGAUCUACAUAACAGAUAUAGCAACAUACUUGGGUUGUUCGACCACCAAAGAUGUAAUGAACAGGUUGUUGAAUGAGUACAAAGUGGGGAAAGCAUAUAGGUACUUUGAAAGUGAAUGGGUCAAGGAAGUUUAUAUUCAUGAUGUGCGCGAAUCAAGUGACAAAUGUAUUUUGAAAACAAAAGUAACACCAUCACAGGCAAUAAACAAUAAAUGUUAUGAUGUUUGGGUAAUUGUGACCAAAGACAAUGUAAAUGGACCUGGGGGAGAGAUCAUUUCCGCCUACUGCAGUUGCACGGCUGGAAUGCUUGGGUCAUGCAACCAUGUUGCAGGCUUACUUUUCAGGGUGGAACAUGCCGUAAAAACAGGUGCCACCAAGAAGUCGUCAACCAGCAAGUUGUCUGAAUGGAAUGUGCCCAAAGGAAAACCCUCUAUGAAGCCAAAGAAAGCUGUGGAUGCAAUCUGGAGUAAGGGCAGGUAUGAUAAGAGAGUGACAAGUGAAGAAGAAGAAAAACAAAGAAAGGAAAUGAAAAACAAAUUCACUCCACUAACCAAGUCGCAACAUGAACAAUUAAAUAAUCAAGUAAAAACCAGGACUGACUUGUAUGACUUGUUAAGAACUGAAAUUAGCAACUCUUGCUUUGUGCUAUGCCAGGAGAAGAGAAGGAUAAAGGCCCCAAAAGCCGACAUACCAGAUUCAGUCAUUAAAAUUGCAGAUGAAAUGAAAUCCAGUAACACAGACAAACAUGUAGCAAUGGAUAAAUUUGUAGACAAACUGACAUUAUCAAUUGAACGGCGUGAUAAUUUAAAAAAAGCAACAUUGGAGCAAUCCAAUUCACAAACCUGGAAAGAACACAGGAAAGGCAGAGUAACUGCUAGCAUCUUUCAACGGGUUAGCAGCCGGGUUGAAACUCUGAGGAAAAAUGAGGAAGCUGAUCCUUCUGCUUUGGUGGAGACAGUAUUAGGACAAAAAGAAACUAAACAGACUGUUGCAAUGUAG